AUGGCUUUCUUCAUUUCAAGAAAUUAUCUGCUAGCGAUUUUUCUGGCCAUAUUCCUGGUCGGAACCUCGCCGGAUGGGGUUUCCGGUCAGAACUGCGGCUGCGCACCGGACUUGUGCUGCAGCCAACAUGGCUAUUGUGGCACUGGCAAUGACUAUUGUGGCAGAGGGUGUCAAGGAGGUCCUUGCUAUGCUCCGCCCACUAGUAAUGGAGUUUCGGUUUCUAAUAUCGUGACGGAUGCAUUUUUCAAUGGAAUUGCUGAUCAAGCUGCCGGAAAUUGUGCGGGAAAGGGAUUUUACACAAGGGCAGCUUUUCUUGAUGCUCUUGGUUCCUAUCCUCAGUUCGGGACUGUUGGUUCUGUCGAUGAUUCCAAGCGCGAGAUUGCUGCAUUCUUCGCCCAUGUUACGCAUGAGACUGGACAUUUCUGCUACACAGAAGAGAUAGACGGCCCAUCUAAAAACUAUUGCGACCAGAAUGACCAACAGUAUCCUUGUGUCCCUGGCAAGGGUUACUAUGGGCGAGGUCCUAUACAACUAACUGGGAACCGCAACUACGGACUAGCAGGGAAUAGUAUACGCUUUGAUGGUUUGAACAACCCAGACAUCGUAGCAACAGAUCAAGUAGUGUCGUUCAAGACUGCAUUAUGGUAUUGGAUGAAUAAUUGUCACGAUAUCAUAACGUCAGGUCAAGGUUUUGGGGCUACAAUUCGGGCUAUUAAUGGUCCUCUUGAAUGCGAUGGUGCUAAUCCAGGCACGGUUAAUACUCGUAUCGGAUAUUACAAAGACUACUGCAAUCAACUUCAAGUUGGUCAUGGCAAUAAUCUAGCGUGCUAG